AUGGAGCAGCUAACGAAAGCCAAUCCGGAGUAUCAACUUACCAUAGCCGACAUGACCACCUACGUUGACCAGACGACCGUGGGAUCGCUGCGCAGCGCCAAGGUCUGGGUCGAAGUGGACGUCACUGGUCAGCCUGUAGGAGUCUCAUGGAAAGGCCUAAGCAUCGUCGAGUUCAGAUGCAGACGUGGAAAGUGGCUCUGUGUCGGCUGGGAAGGCGUACGAGGCCGCAUGCAAGACUUCAUGCCGGAUGUCGCCGGCGUUUGA